GCCACCCCAGAAAACGAUCAGGAAAGUGACAUCAUCCCAGGGAAGCCCAUAAAAGCACAGAGGGAGGGGGCCCGGGCUAGAACUCUGGACAGCGUCCACUGAGAGGGAGAGGCAGGACAGACACCCAGCGAGGUGAGGGCCAGCCUGGAGGAGGAGGAGCUCAGGUGGGCAAGAAGGCAUCGGGAGAAGGGAGAUCGGCCAACGGGGAGGAUGCGCCCUCAGCGGGGCUGUCUAGGCUGGCCCCAGAGGAGGCAGGUGGCGGAGCCGGCCCGAGACUUCUGAGAGAGCAGAGACCCAGGGAAACUAAACCAUGGAGCUUCGUGUGGGGAACAAAUACAGGUUGGGCAGAAAAAUUGGCAGCGGCUCCUUUGGGGACAUCUACUUAGGUGCCAACAUUGCUUCGGGGGAGGAGGUGGCCAUUAAGCUGGAAUGUGUGAAAACGAAGCACCCCCAGCUGCACAUCGAGAGCAAGUUCUACAAGAUGAUGCAGGGAGGAGUGGGGAUCCCCUCCAUCAAGUGGUGUGGCGCAGAGGGGGACUACAACGUCAUGGUGAUGGAGCUGCUGGGCCCCAGCCUGGAAGACCUUUUCAAUUUCUGCUCCCGCAAGUUCAGCCUCAAGACCGUCCUUCUCUUGGCCGACCAGAUGAUCAGCCGCAUUGAGUACAUCCACUCUAAAAACUUCAUCCACCGGGACGUGAAACCUGACAACUUCCUCAUGGGCCUGGGCAAGAAGGGCAACCUGGUGUACAUCAUUGAUUUCGGCCUGGCCAAGAAAUACCGGGAUGCUCGCACCCACCAGCAUAUCCCUUACCGGGAAAACAAAAAUCUGACUGGCACUGCCCGCUAUGCUUCCAUUAACACCCACUUGGGCAUUGAGCAAAGUCGCCGUGAUGACCUGGAGAGUUUGGGUUAUGUGCUCAUGUAUUUCAAUUUGGGCUCCCUGCCCUGGCAAGGCCUCAAAGCAGCCACCAAGAGGCAGAAGUAUGAACGUAUUAGUGAGAAGAAAAUGUCCACACCCAUUGAGGUCCUUUGCAAAGGAUACCCUUCGGAGUUCUCCACGUACCUCAACUUCUGCCGCUCCCUCCGGUUCGACGACAAGCCCGACUACUCAUACCUGAGGCAGCUCUUCCGGAACCUCUUCCACCGCCAGGGCUUCUCCUAUGAUUAUGUCUUUGACUGGAACAUGCUCAAAUUCAUGCGGCCCCCUUCCAGUCCGCCCCCUGCCCUUCCCUGCGCUGCGCCCCGGGACCAAUUAGGGUGCGGCCCGGAACCCCGAGGAUAUGGACCGAGAGCGGCGGGAGCACGAGAGAGAGGAGAGGAUGGGGCAGUUGCGAGGAUCUGCUACGCGGGCCCUCCCCCCGGGACCCCCUGCUGGUGCCACUGCCAACCGCCUCCGCAACGUGGCCGAGCCCGUGGCUUCCAAUCCGGCCUCCCGCAUCCAGCAAGCUGGCAAUACUUCUCCCAGAGCGAUCUCACGGGUAGACAGGGAGAGGAAGGUGAGCAUGAGGUUACACCGAGGGGCUCCGGCCAACGUCUCCUCCUCCGACCUCACAGGACGCCAAGAGGUGUCCCGGAUUUCAGCAUCACAGACAAGCGUGCCAUUUGACCAUCUCGGGAAGUGAGGGAAAGAUGCUACCGGACCAGUGUUUGCUUAGUGUCUUCACUGUAUUUUUCUUUUA